CCCUAAAUAUGUCAAAUCGCCAACCAGCAUCUGUCACUCGGUUGACAAAUCUUGCUUAGUGUUAAAAAUUUCAACAUUUUUUCCGAAUUUAAGCGUUUCUUCAAUUUGUCAUAAGUGAAAAUGGGCGAGCAACAGUUCGACUGCGCCCUGGAUUUAAUGCGCCGGCUGCCACCCCAGGAAAUUGAGAAAAAUCUUGGUGAACUCAUCGAUCUCGUCCCCGAGCUGUGUGAAGAUCUCCUAACCUCCGUAGACCAACCGUUAAAAAUUGCUAAAGAUAAAGAAUCGGGGAAAGAUUAUCUUUUGUGCGAUUAUAAUAGAGAUGGGGAUUCAUAUAGGUCGCCAUGGUCAAAUACUUAUGAUCCACCGUUAGAAGAUGGAUCAAUGCCAUCUGAUAAAUUAAGAAAAUUAGAACUUGAUGCAAAUAAUGCUUUCGAUCAAUACCGCGAUAUGUAUUUUGAAGGUGGUGUCUCAUCCGUUUAUUUUUGGGAUUUACCCCAAAGUGGUUUUGCGGGUGUUAUUUUGAUUAAAAAAACCGGUGAUGGAAGUAAGAAAAUUAAGGGUUGUUGGGACUCCAUCCAUGUCGUUGAAGUCCAAGAAAAAGGAAAAGGAAGAAAUUCGAACUACAAAAUGACUUCUACGGCUAUGUUAUGGCUCCAAACAAACAAACAAGGUUCGGGCACAAUGAAUUUAGGAGGAAGUUUAACUCGGCAGUAUCAAAUCGAUGCUCCCGUUAAUGAUUUUAAUCCUCACAUUGCAAAUAUCGGUCGAAUGGUUGAGGAUAUCGAGAACAAAAUAAGAAAUACGUUGAAUGAAAUUUAUUUUAGUAAGACUAAGGAUAUUGUUAAUAGUUUACGAUCCGUACAACCUCUCACUGAGUCUAAUAAACAACAAGCGCUUCAACAAGAUUUAGCUCAAGCACUUCAACGUAGACAUAAUAAAUCAGAUAACUGAUGCUUGCAGGUUUUCGAAAUUGUCUGCGAUGAAUGAAACUGCCCCCCAUCUAAAAAAAACAAUUAUGGAUUGUAAAAAUUAAAAAAAAUUAAAAUGAAAUUGGAAUAACGAGAAUUACGAGUAUUAUAUCUUUUAUAUUUGUAAGAAAUAAUCUUUAUGUAUAUUUAUGCUUUUUAUUUUCACAAAUAAAGAACUUAAUCCUUUUUUUUUUUUCUAUUCAAGAUUUUGCAUUUCUUUUUCAUUUGUAAGUUUUGACUUAAUUAACAAGGUUAAUUGGCUAUAAUGUAAAGGCUAUCGGUAGAUUUAUAGUGAGAUUGGAUUGUAAUUAAGCUCAAAACGAAGAAAUAAAUAAAUAAAGAACUUAA